GUUCAGGACCGAACUAGUGUCUGAGUGAGAACCGGCAGACGUGGACAUGGACCCCAACACUUUGCUCUACGAUGUCCCCCCGGCUGUGCUCGAGAGCUUCAACCGGAUCAUGGACGGCGGAGGGGACACCCUCGGGUGGCGCGGACUGGCUGUCCGAAUCCUCCCCAGCUACUUAGAACUUCGCGUGUAUGAGCGCUUGGAGGCGGCGGGCCGGAGUCCCAGCAGGGAGCUGCUGUGGUCCUGGGCCCAGCAGAACAAAAGGGUACGGGACCUGCAGAAGGUGCUGCAGGACAUGGGCCACCUCAGGGCCAUGCAGCUCUUCCAGGGUCCAGCUCAAGUUUCAGAAUCACCUUCGCCUCACAGCGAUCUCCAAGCAGAGUCCACAGGGCAGACGUCAGCAGCUGAUGUGAAGGAAUCCCCCCAGCCAGAGGCGUGCCCCUCAAGUCAACCUUCAAUUCCUAUGUGGUCGGCAUCAAAAAACCAGACAGCCGGACUCACUCUGCAAGACGUCAUAGAAGGAACCCGAAGUUUUCAUCCUGAAACCAGAAUUGCAGAAGGCCAUUUUGCUAACGUCUACAGAGCACGGAUUGGAAGUAAUACAUUUGCAGUGAAGCUUUUCAAGCAGAUAAACGGCGUGUCCUGGAAGAAGCUGUGGGAUGCCUUCAGAAAAGAAAUGGAGGUUCAUCACAUGUAUCAACAUCCAAACAUAGUGGAUCUGCUGGACUGUUUCUCUGAUGAGGACCACUACUGUCUGGUCUAUCCAUACCUUCCCAACGGAUCACUCUACCACAGGCUGCACCCACAGGAUGGAGAGCCCCCUCUGUUUUGGGAAGAGCGUCUCACUAUCAUCAAGGGAAUCGCAAAGGCUUUGCAUCACCUCCAUAUGGCCCGGCCCUGCCAAGUGAUCUGUGGCAACGUCUCCAGUGAGAACAUACUCUUAGACGACGCUCUGCAGCCCAAGCUGUCGGACUUCGGGUUGGCCCGUCUACGUCCUUAUUCAGCCAGUCAGCACUGCACCAUCACUCUCGACACGGGCUCCCACAGCAACCCGGGAUACCUCCCCGAGGAGUACAUCCGGGACGGCAAGCUCUCCUUCAGCCUGGACGUUUACAGCUUCGGAAUGGUGAUAAUGGAAACUGUGACAGGACGGAAGGUCAUAGAGAAACAAAAACUGCUGAGAGACUUGUUAGUCACAGAGGUGGAGAACAGUGGUGGUGGUGUGGACUCUUGUCUGAGGUUUUUGGACGAGACGGCCGGUCGCUGGCCGACAGCAAUGGCCGUCAGCCUCCUGGCCCUGGCCUUGGAAUGUACUACAAGCCCCCCCCGCCUCAGACCAAGCAUGGAGAACGUACUUCUGACACUGAGCCAGCUGCUUCCUCCGCCCAGAUGCCCGUUGGCCGACCAACCGCGCAGCCUGCACGAUGAAGCCGCUGUUUCUGCCCCACAGAGCCCCUCCUCCUCCUCCAUACCCAUGGAGCACGACAAGCAGCGCAGCCCCCUUGCCUCUUUAUCGCUGACAGGGCCCUGCGAGUACAGCCAGUCCGAGGUGGCCUACCUGAGUGACACUAUGGGCGCCCAUCGGGAGGCAGAGCCCGACCUGUACGGCAGCUUGCCCGUGGAGUGCAGCUGCUCGGCCGAGGCGGCUGGCCAGGCCUGCGAGGACUGCAGGGCCAACAGGAUGGCCUCCGACCUCACAGAGAGUCCUCAGUAUUCCAGCAUGGUGGAAAACGAAGCUAAGAGCAAGCUGAGGGACAAACUGAGUCUGUACAACAAAGGUCUGGUUCACACAGAGGAACUGUUCUCUGAGGCGGGGCUGCAGUAGAGGGCAGAGUUCCUGUUUCGGUCCGGACAACAUUUCUGUGGACUGAUCUGAGUGUGUGUGUGUGUGUGUUUCUGUCCGUUUGCUCCUGUAGCAUCCACUAUACUGUAGCAGCUCAUACGUGCUAAUAACAUGUUUCUCAGUUGAUCUGAUCAUAAGGGCACAGCUCUGAGUUCAUCAGUUCACACCUGGCAGUAGAGUGGACCUCCCCGCUGUAUAUAUAGUUACACACGUGUAUUAAUUCUGCCACUACUGUUAUUAGCAUUGUUAUUUUGCCGUUAUUCUAUGAUCUUCAACAGGUUACUACCGCUAUAACUUAUUCUCUAAAUCAAGAGUGGCUCUGUAAAGAUCUCUGUUUGUACCUUUACGUUAACUGACCCUGAUGCAUUAAACCAUAUCUAUCUGUUUUAUAAA